CUGCAAUCAAAGAGAAAGUUAUCACAUUUUCAAUUUCACUUGAAUCAUUCAGUUGAAACAGUCAAAUUCGAAAUCAAAAUGAAAUUCUUAUUAUUCGUUGCACUUCUGACCGUCGGAGUUUGUGUCGCUUCUCCAAGUUUCCCAGCUAUCCCAGAUGCCCCAGUCCCAGAUGCCCCAGUCCCAGCUAUCCCAGAUACCCCAGUCCCAGCUAUCCCAGAUACCCCAGUCCCAGCUAUCCCAGAUGCCGCAGUCCCAGCUAUCCCAGGUGCCUCCGGUGGCACUCAAGACCAACAUUCUGCAGAUUCUUGUAAACAUUCUGCAGAUUCUUCAUAUUGCAGCUGUGGGUCACCAGGUCAGGCAGUAUAAAAAAUAUUGUGCCCACUUCUUAAAAAUGUG